GCAACCGUUCUCACCAUGAUGUGGCCGUAUUAUGCACAGAACCCUGAUACACCCUUAUCACAUGUUUAUGAACAAAUCGGAUGGAAUGAGAUUAAAUGGAUUGUAUCAAUUGGUGCUGUGUUCGCUCUGUGUACAAAUUUAUUGGGUAGUAUGUUUCCGUUGCCUCGAAUUUUGUACGCAAUGUCUUCGGAUGGUUUGUUGUAUGGUAUAUUUAAACGUGUGAAUACACGUACAAAGACGCCAUUGAAUGCAACACUAUUGGCGGGUGCUUUAGCUGCUGUGAUGUCAAUGGUCUUUGAUUUACAUCAACUCAUCGACAUGAUGUCAAUUGGAACACUAAUGGCAUAUACAUUGGUUGCGAUUUGUAUUUUGGUGUUGCGAUAUCAAGACGAUGUUGCAUCGUAUACAAACGAACCAUCGUUUAUACGGUCAACCCUCUGGUGGCAACUAUUCAAUUUGAACUUCAUCAAGAAUCCGGAUAAAUUGUCAUCAAGCAUAACACAGAUGACGAUUGUUCUGUUUUCCGUGUUUACUGCGAUAUUUUGCUUGUUCUUCGGUAUGGAUUGGGAGCAUAAUUUGGCGUUAGAAAUAAUUCUGAUUGGGAUUGGAGUGUUGCUGUUGGUAUUUUUCGUUGUAAUAGCACGUCAACCACAAUCUGAGAGCAAAUCCAGUUUUAAAGUUCCGGCCGUACCAUUUCUACCAAUCCUUAGUAUUUUUAUGAACUUGUAUCUUAUGUUCCAACUUGAUGUCCAUACGUGGAUUCGAUUUGGUAUUUGGCUCAUAAUUGGUUAUUUAAUUUACUUCUCAUAUGGGAUACGAAAUUCGAUUGAAGGCUAUCGCAAAAAAUUCGAAUCUAGCAAUGAAUUUGACAGUCAAAAUGGCAAACAAACACUUGAUAGCAAUGGCCAUGGACGAUUUGCAGUUGAAGCUCAUACAAUGCAAUCCAUCGACGACUUGCACAAUGCAAACAUUGAAUUCUCCGCCGGAAGCAAUGUAAAUUUGAGCCAUCAAUGAAUAAAUGACACACAGGAUCUUUGACUUUUUGACUUUGUAUAGAGAGAAUUUUUUUUUGGUAAUCAUUAUUAUGAUGUUUUUAUAGGGUUGUUAAAAAAAUGGAUUUCGUUUUUAUUUGUUAUAAUAAAAAUGAAAUACAUCAUGAAAAUUGGAAUAAAAACUUAAUAAAAUCUUAAUUACAUGAUGAGAAA